AGCGAGCAGACCUGGCUGCAACCAUGGCUCCCACUGUUUACGGACCGGGUCACUUCUUCAAGGAGACUUCAGUUCACAAGCUGAGAAAGCCAAUGGUGGAGAAGCUGCGGCGAGACCGCAUCAACACCAGCAUCGAGCAGCUCAAGUCCCUGCUGGGCCCCGAGUUCCUCCGGCAGCAGCCCGACUCCAAGCAGGAGAAGGCCGACAUCCUGGAGAUGGCCGUGUGCUACCUGAGGAGCUGGCAGCAGCGGCAGCGUAUCCCCUCCUCCUCCUCCAACGGCUACGCCCACUGUGUUCAUCAGGCCGUCAGCUUCCUCUCCCACUGCAAGGUCCAGAGCCCGGCCCAGAGGCGACUGCUCGGACACUUCCAAGACCUGCAGGCGUCCAGCGGGACCAACAGGGGCGCUCCGAAAACCCCGUCGCCCCCGGGCUCACCUCUCAGCUCCUGUAAGGGUGCCAGCCCGGCUGGUGUUGCCCUGUGGAGGCCCUGGUAAAUGCUGACGACCACAAGCCACAAGGUAAAGACUCUGUGAAGUCAAGUUCUUUUGGGUCACUGGGUGGCCAAAUAGGCGCCGUCUGCCAGUAUUCCUUUGGGAGGAUUUGAUGAGGUUAAGGUUUUACUGAACGACUUCCAUCGUCACCGUGUGACCGUGUGUAUUGACUGUGACAUCGCACCCACGUUGGGUUCCGAUUUAUUGAAGAAUUCUUUGUCUUUGAUACUGUGUAUCAGUUAAGCGUCC